UGAGUGCCAUCUAGUCCCUAGGAUAGGUGCCAUCUAUGAUUAGCGCACAGCUCAGGAUAGUAGAUUCCGAGUCCAGCCAGGCAGCACAUGCGGCUCUGCUUUGGUAUAGAUAAAGGCCAUCAUCAGCCAUCUCCGUGCCCACUCACACUGUCUGUAUCAUCGAACCAUUCACGUGUAUUUGGCUUUUGACGGAACCCGCCAUAUCCCGAUCCAUGAACGACCAAACUACCAAAAAAACGUCUUCUCUAUCUGUAUCUAAACAAC